GACUUUAUUUAGAAUUUUCAAAACGAGGUCAUGUUGAAAAAUGGCCGACCACUAAAAAUUAAGUUCAAAAUAAACAUUAUUUGAUUGUUUAUGUGUUUUAUAUAAAGAGAAUGUUAAUUCAAGAACCCGUUCAGGUAAAUAAUAGUAGAAUUUUUAUUCUAACGCUUACAAAUCUGUGUAAAAUUAACUUAGGCCCAACAUUUUUUUUAACCAAAGGCUAAAAGUUGAAAUAGGCUCUCUAACUAAAAUUUAAAUUAAUUAACAAAUUUGACAAAUUAGUAUUUAAAAAAAGAAGACAAGUCUACUAACUAAGCAGACAUUAAGCAGGAGUUCUUACUAUACACUUAGUUUUCGAAAGAAAUGUAAAUAUUAGUAAAUAAUAGACCCUAAAUACUUUUAGGAGUAGGCCAAAAUUUUAAAUUUAAGAAAACUUCAAACUGAAUUUAGAAGUGACAGUGCUCUGAUUUUAUUAUACUUGGGCCAUUCGUAAAGUAUGUACUUGGCAAUCCUCCGAAGUCCAGUCCCAAGUUAUUUCCAAUGAUUACUCCUUACUUAAAAGUCUUAGGCAUAAUUUUGUCUUGAAAUUCAUGUUUGCGGUAGUGGAUGACGUUGGAUGGAUGUUGUUGGCCGUCGAGAUGCACAAACACUCGAGCGUAUUAUCACUAAUCACGUGUUACUAGGGACAACUAUCGUCACGGGCGCUUGGCGAGGAUAUGAACAUGUCGGUCAGCUCAACAACGGGAUUGAUGCUUACGCUGUCACUGUGCAUGCGCGUGAAUUUGUUAAUCCAGUAGACAGUAGACCAGGACGUUCACACAUAAACUAUUGAAGGACUUUGGAUGCAAGCGGAGCGUAAACUUCGCUAUUAGAGUGGUACUAGUCGCGGUCUGUUUGCCAGCUACUUGGAGGGCCUUUCAGUGGCGCAACAGUCACAAGCAGAACGUUUUCGGCUGCUAUUUGCAAAUGCUAUGCACCAAUUACAAUAUUUAGUAUUUACUGACUGGUUUGUAAAGUGACAGUUAUUUGCAAAAACUAUGACUGACAUUUCUGCUGCUUUUGAACAAUACACACUGUGCAUUGCACUUUUUUUACAUACAAAAUAAUUUGGGACCGGACUUCGGAGGAUUGCCUGUGUACUUUAAUACAAAAUUUUUAAAAAUUGAAAUAAUUUUUGUAAUAACUCAGUUAGAGCAAAUUUCAAAUUAAAAAAGGAAACCAGAAUCAACUUGUUAGGACAAUAAUUAAUUAAAGCUUUCCCUGACCAAAAUAGUUUUUGCACACGGCAAACUCUUAUGAAUGACACUCUGAGUACUCUGAAGUAGUACUAUGAUACAGCCAUUAUGUAAGUGGCUGUGAAUGGUUGCCAAUAACAACGUCUUGCACACUGUAAAUUCUGAUUAUUUAUAAUAUGGACUCUACCGGGUUUUUAAAGCUCAAACUAAUACAUUCAAGUUUAAAUGUCUUCAAAAUGCAUUCUGAAACACAAGUUAUCAAAUAUUUUGAUGUAAAUAAUUGUAAUAAUUUAAUAUUUCCUAAGUAUCGGCAACAAAAAGGGGGCGUGGCUCACGCCAUGUCGAAAUUAGGCUAAGCGAACUGCAUGACCUACUGCGAACCCGUAGAAACAUGGCAUCUCUCAUAAAACAGAUGUCGCUGUGAAAAUUGGCAUACAUGUAGAUCAAUACAUGCCCCAGAUGCAUAAAAAAUUUGUUAGUGACAUGUCUUUUACUUCAACUUAAUUUUAAUGGUUGAAGUUGCCUUGUAUUCACCAAGGAUUUUCUCAAAGCUGACUGAUUGUAAAUGGAAAAAGAAAUUGAUUAAAAUGUAGGCCAAGAUGUCCUCUAAAGCGAAAGGCCGGAAGAGGAACACAAUUCUGGGAUAUAGUAAUUAUUUUAUGAAUGAAAUAGUUCCACUAUAAAAAAAUUAAAAACUCUGAUUUUCGUGCGCCGACUCCUAUUUCCCAUACAUAUUUUUUAGUAGUCUCCCUUGCUUCAUCGAAGUCCCUACAUAAAGUAUGUCCUGCUAUUUUUUAAAGGCUGCGGCUAUUCUGACCUUGGGAUUCAAGAGUGAGAACUUGGGUUUAUUAAAAAAUAUUUAAAAUAUUAUUGUUGGGGUUGUAAUACAAAAUUUGGUAUCACAUGAAAGAUAAUUGAAUGAACUAUAUGUUUGUAAGCUUACUUCUUCAGUUUAACUAAAAUAAACUGCCACAAAUGAAAUCCGAACAGCAUUUAGUCUAAAGGGACUCGGGUCCGAUUUGCCGCUUUUUGGAUGUGUGAAGUGACACAAAAUCUUUUACACCACCCCCCCAUGUGUCACGUUUACUUAGGGACACCCCCCACCCCACACCCACACACACCCCCCCCAUAAUUAAAUACUUUAAACUACCUAAAGUGAAAUUUAGAUGAGGGAGAUGUUUUUAUUAGACUAUACCUAACUGUCACAUAUUCUUCUUCAUUAGGUCAAUCUAUACUAUAACUAAAGGCCUGAGCCAUUAAAUUCUUUUUUUCUCCCUUACGCCUGUUAAUUAGCCAAUGCCUGCUUAUGGUAACUAACUUUAACUAAGAAAGUUUGGACUUCAAAACCUUGAAAUCGAAAACAUUUGCUCAGUGAAGAACACGUCACUAAAUGAUUUGUCAUGUUUUAAAUCAUUGAAUAGGCAAGGCAUGCAGAAUCAAAUGAAUGAACUAUCGUAGAUUAGAUUGUGCUUCUGAACGAACUACGCGGUACAUAGGUUGUGCCAACUUGUGCUUCUCUCAGAUGGCAAAAAAGAUGCUUUUGUUGUUAAUUUUUCAUAAAGGUGUCUUACCCCUGAUUAAAUAAUUAUUUCAAAACUCUACCACUGUGAAAAGUAAGAGAUUAUUGUAAAAAUUUAAUCUUUUCCUUUCUAGGCUGCAAUUUGGGAUGCACUAAAUAACUAUUCUUAUGCUGAUGCAAUAUUCUUAGCAGAGCGACUUUAUGCUGAAAGUAAGUCCUUGCAUUAUCUAUUUUGUACCCAAUUUUUGUAUAUUGUUUUAGUUUUUAACUUAAUUUAAAAUCACUCAAUAUGGGAUUAAAAAAAUAUCCUUGCGUGUGAGAUAUAUCUUAAUUUUUUAAAAAUGUAAAAUUUAAGUCAGAAAUAAAUGAAUAUGUUUGGCUUUUUUUUUUUACGUGUCAAAUUUAAAAGGCAUUGUCUGACAUCUAAAGUUUAAAUGUUCAAGCUAAAGCUCACUGACUGCUGAUUAUGUCUUUGCUGUUGCAAAUUCAUUUUAUUUAUGCCAUUAGUUAUACCCACUAGUUAUAUCCCAGCAGGUUGGCUGGCAGGUGUAGAAAAGGAGGCAUUGAUCUGAAAUAAAUUUGAACGUUCUUAAAAUAUGCCAAAGGUUUGACCUGCCAUUUACAUUUACAAAAAACUUAUAUACACUUUUUUUUUUUCUGCAGUAGCCAACAAUGACUCUGUGCAUUUGUUGGCAACCUGUUACUAUAGAUCUGGCAAGCCUUACCAAGCAUACAUGCUGCUGGAGAGAAACCUCUGCCAGACAGCCCAGUGCAAGUAUCUCAUGGCCAAAUGUUGCACUGAUAUGAACAAGUAAGCACUCAAUACUUCACUGUAUAAUUCACAGUUUCACAAAAAGAUAAUCAUAAUUUUCUCAUGACAAUGAACUUUGACAGUGUCUUUCCUAAUACAUGAGAUGCUCCACCUAAAUGAUUAAGAAACUGCUGCUUGCAGGUAAUGAGUCUGAUGUACAUCUUGGCAAAGGGCGAUAUCACUCAUUUAAUUGGAAACUCCAUCACUGCUAAUCAGAGCAUAUCAUUAAAACCUUUAUAUUAAUCACUUUUUUUGUGUGUGUUUCGUUCUUUCUGCAUGGGUGUGUGGCAAAAUAUUCAGAAGGCUAAUUGACUCACUUCCCGUCAACCUAUAGGGCUGAAAGUGUGCACAUAGACUAGUUGCCGUUGAAAACACAUAGUAUCAAAUUUUCAGCCCCAACCUCCAAAAAUCUGUUUUUCAAGGGCAAGAUGAAGAAAAUAGAAUGCCAUUGAUUUCACAAAAUAAAAUUCCUGAUAACUGGGCUAAAUGAGAUUGUUUCUUUAUUUUUAAAUAUCACAAGUGCUUUUGGUGCGUAAUAUUUUCUUCUUUUUCUGAAAUAGACUAGUUGGUGAAAUAAAUCUGUGGUGUAAAAGCAGGUGGGACUGUAGAAUAUUGAUAUAAACUAAUAUAAUAAAAAAUGCAUAUAAAAGAUGUAUUCGUGAACAUUUUUUUUUUUUUAUAAGUUGUUUGAUUUUGAUGACAACUGUUAUGCAAAGGCAGCUCUCAGUGUGGGGAAAAAAUAUUGUGAUAGGUUUUUUGGAACACAUUACACAAAUAUUAUUUUGUUGAACAAUUUGUAGUUGAAAUUUGUGAAAUGAAAAAUUUUAUGUUUGUAUUUUCUAACUUAUCCUGAUUUGCAAAUAAUUUUCUAUAUUAUUCUGUAUUUGAAGGUAUGCAGAGGCUGAGCGUAUAUUAGCAGGUACAAUACUGAUCAAAGUAAAAUCCCAUGAAGAAAUAGAGGCUGAAUUCGGAAGUCUUGCUUGCUAUGUGUUUGCCUUGCUUGGUUUUAUUUAUAGGUGAGUUUGAAUGAGCCUGUAUAUAACCAGGUGCUGCUGGUUACAUGAUUAUUUUUAUGGAAAAGUUGGUGUUGUGAGUCAACUUGUAUUACAUGAAUGUCUAGCUUGGGCACAUUCCACUCAUGUAGUGACACAAAAACAUCUAAAAAAUUCCCUGUUUAAAAAAUUAUGGUGUACAUUUGUAAAAUUAAUUUAUGAAUAGCAAAUAUGAUUUAUCUAUUCUUUAUAUUUAACUUCGAUUAAUUCUUUUAUAAACUUAAGUCAUUGUAAAUAAGAAAAACAUCAUGUCUGAAAGCAGUUCCAUCAUCGUUCAUUAUUUUUUUUUCCAGUAAAACAGAGCGUGUUCUAAAAGCCACACAGUGCUAUCGAAGGUCACUGAUGCUAAAUCCCUUGUUAUGGAAGUCUUACGAGAUGUUGUGUGCAAUGGGUAACAUAUGACUUUAGUUAAAACCCCUUUAUUCUGUGAUUUAUUUUAUUUUAUAAAAGUGUGUGUUUUUUAAAUGGAUCCCUUUAAUGAGUUUUGGGAGCUUGUAUCAUAAACCUCUUUUAAUUUAUAUAAUGUCACUUAAUUUAUAUAAUGUCACUUUUAAGUGCUGGUUUUACUUAUAACUGUUUAACUGUUAAAGAAAAACUGCAUUCCAUUUUUAGAUUAUUUUUCAUCCUCCGUCCUCCCCUGUAGGUGAGAUUGUAAAACCUGAAUCAGUAUUCCAGAUUCCAUCUACAAACUCAUCUGGCCCUGUCGGCCUGACCAUCACAUCUCGUUGUGAGCCUAUGGGUGUGGUAGAGCAGAUAACAGAUGCAUUGGAGAACAACAUUGUACCUAGUGAAAAUGUGAGGGGGUAUUUUUAUCAUUUGAAAAAAUGUAUUUAUCUCCCUGAAGAGAUCGCUAUAAUUACAUAGUGUUAUGCCCCCUUUUAUUAAGAGUUUGAUAUCCUGAAGAGAUCAAUAUAAUUACAUAUUCUUAUGCCACCUUUUAUUAAGAGUUUGACAUUGUUGUAAAGAUUAGCAAACGAAAAAAGGGGCAGUAUUUAAAUAAUCAAAAAUUCUUUAUUUAUUAAUUUGAUUGAACCACCAGCUGGGCAUGAGAUGGUGAAUUGAAGUUUAUGACAUUUAAAAAGAAUAUUGGAUUUUUUUUUUUUUUACAAAGUUCAUCUUUAAUUUGUGCUAUUAUUUUUUUAAAAAUAUAUUUUUUUACAUUUAUUUCAGUUAUUGGCUCCUCGCAACAUAUUCCCCAACCAAACUCCAGAAAACAUUCAGAACCUAGCAGGGCUUGACACCAAAGCCCCACGACCUAACAAGCAGCUGUUAAGACAAAAAAUUACACCAGAACCCUUGAUGGUUCGCAAACGAACAGGUCCCACUAAAUUAUUCUCUGAUUCUGUCCAUCUUUCUCCAAGGUUUGUACUGUUUAUUUAGAUAGUACUUGUUCAUAAAAUAUCCAUAAAAUAUAUGCAAUAUUUAUUUAUACCUCUUGAAUAUACAUUAUUGAAUAUUCUAUAUAAGUAGAAACCAAUUGGAUCUACUGUAGAUAUUUGUUUCAUUUAUAUAUAUAUUUGUGUAUGUAUUUAUUAUUUGUAUAUAUGUGUGUGUAUAUAUUGCAUUUUACUGGCAAGCUAGUUUAUUUAACACAUAUUUACUUGUAGGAGAUCUUUAAGCUGACUCCAAACCUUCACAUAGUUUAAGAGAUGCACGUGAGCAUAAAUUAAACAGCACCGACUCAUUCUUCCUUUAGCACUUUGUAUGUUUUUUCUUAUGGAAAUCUUUUUCUAUUUCAGUUUUGGGUUGUUACCUGUUGAAAAUGUUACACCUGUGUCAGGCAGUUCCACACCCUCUUUUAUAUCUCCUGUUCCUACUGACUCUCAGGCUCUUGAGGUGCAGGCACCAAUUAAAACAAGAGUAAGUUAGGCGGUUGCCAUUGAAUUGGGUCAUAGUGAAGUAUGACUUCCUCUUCUUUUAUUUUUCUUUUUUUUAAAUUAUUUUUAUUAGCUCUAUUAUUUAGAUUUGAGCACAUGUUUGGCUCAAAUAUAAAAUAGAAAUGGAUUAUAAUUUUUAAAAAUAAAAAUACUAAUUAAAGAAUCAAAUUUAGUUUGUAAUAAUCUAUUUCAUUUUAAAUGAAAUUCUGUUUGUUUAUUUUGCCCCUGCAGCCAAUGACGAGGCGAACACAAAUAAGAAAAUCUCCAAUACUCAACUGGUCAAAUACUUUAAAGAAAAUGAAAGAACAAGAGCCAGUGUAAGUAUUCACCUUAACUAACUGGUCACAGAUUUUAAACUUGAUCAUUUUGGUAUUCCCUCCAUUACAUUGUUGUAAGUCCAUAGUUUAAUCUAACAAAAUGUAGCAUUGUGCUGGACAAAAUAUUGCAGUCGCCUGGACAGGACAUAGCAGUAUGCUGGACAUAACAUAGCCAUCUGCUAGGGAGAGUUGAUUGUUUUUAAAAUUAGCAUAACAUAGCCGUCUGCUAGGGAGAGUAGAUUGUUUUUAAAAUUAGCAUAUACCUUCUUAUAUCUCUUGUUAACAGCAGCGCACCCAUACGAAGAAGUUCUAGGCUGUUUACGAAUUCCAACUCUAAUUCAAGUGCAGUGAAAGUAAGUUACUAACUUGUUUCUGUAUUCAAUGUAUAUUGGGAGUUUUCUCUCUAACACAGCUUUAGAUACCUUGUUAGUUCUUUGCUAAUUUUGCAUUCUUCAUCUGUCCUGUUUUUUGCUAAAGAAGGCUUUUAUGAUGAAAUGUUCUUUGUUUUGUCUCAUCUUCUUUUAGGUUUCCAUGUAAUUUAAGUGGAAGAUUUUAUUUUUUUUAUACUUUAUUGUUAUCUGGAUUUCUUUUUAACAGGAAAACAACAAAAGCCAAACAACAGGCACGUUUACAGGGACAAAGGGGGUUAAUCGGCGCUCCAAACGAACCACAAAAACUCCUCAGGAACUUAAUGAGAUAAAUAAAGGUGAGCUGUUCAAGAAUAGACUGUUGCUGUCAGGAAUUUUGUUCUUAUGUCAGCCAGAGACCUGUUAGGUUGUUGUUGUCUUUUUUCUUGUUGUUUUUAUUUUUUUUAUUUAUUUAUUUUUUUUUUUUGAAGAACAGUUGGUACAUUGCAAACAUGGGGUAGAGUUUUAUUAGGAUUCAAUGUUUUUGAGUAAAUAUUAUUAUUAUACAUAGACCAGCAUUGCCUGGCAAGCUAGUUUAUAAUAUAACACAUCUUUACUUGCAGGAGAUCUUGAAGUUGAUUCCAAACCUUCAUCUGGCAACUCUGAGGCCAUAGAACAGAUUGUGCAGAUGCAGCAACAGUCACUGGGUGAGUGUGACUUGUGUAUAUUUAAGCUCAUCUUCAUGGACAUUUAAAUGUUUUUCUAUAUCUAACAAGUCAGUGGCUGCAAUCCUUACAAGUUUUCAUGUGUCUGUUGCUUAUUUUAACUUGCACCAUUUCAGGAAUUUAAAGACAUUAAGCAUGUCACAAGCUAAUGUUGUUGCCAUGUUUUCCAGCUGGUAUACUUCACCUGCUGAAGAAUAUCGGCAAGGCCUAUUCGUCACUGUCUCGCUAUGACUGCAAGAGUUCCGUUGACCUUUUCUCAGAGUUGCCAGAGCACCAGUACAACACUGGGUGGGUCCUGUGUCAAGUUGGGAGAGCCUAUUAUGAGCUCACUGAAUACCAAAGGGUGAGUGCUGCAGUUAAAUAAGUGGCAGAUCUAGAUUAAUGGUCUUGGGAUUUACGAAACAUCUGCUGCACUCACAUUACUAUUUAAGAAUCAUAUUAAUAUAUUGUAUGAUUUUGUUUAUGUUUCUCGUAGCAUUUUUUAAAAAGUUUAUUUCAUAUUGGUAGCAGCGUAUUGCUGAAAUAAACCAUAUAUAUUCAUUAUUUAAUUCAUUUUCAGCAUUUACUUGAAAUGAAACAUGUAUUUAAUAUGCUAUUUUUUAAAUUUAAGAGCUACAGCUAACAUACAAGAUCUCAUCGCAUGAGCCAAUAGUGCCUAUUUAGGGGUUUUUCUGCAUAACAGAUAAAAACAUAAAAACAAACUACCGUUACAUCUAGGAAGGAAACUCAUUCAUAAAUUGAGAACUGCCUGUAAUGGCAAUUUCACUAAUGAAACAGUAAACAACAUAGUAACACAAACAGUAAACAUCAGAAUUUAAGGGAAAAACUUACUUUACAUUUCCAUUUCUUUCAUUUAUUAAUAAGGGUUAUCAUGCAGCAGUUGAAUUUGCAUUGAAAUUAAAAAAUCUUGAUGGCAGCAUCGGGUGCAUGCCAUUAAAAUUUAGAGGGGGGGGGGUGGAGGGGGGGGGAAGAACCACAACACAAAACUGCCUUAGAUGUUUUGGAAUGGUGAACCUCACAUCAAAUUUAAUUAUCUUUUUCUCUAACAUUCUUCCCAGGCUGCCAGGGUGUUUGAGGAGGUUAGGAGGAUAGAGCCCUAUCAUAUUGAAGGUCUAGAUUUUUAUAGUUCUGUUCUCUGGCACCUUCAUAAAGAAGUGGAACUUUCCCUCCUGGCACAAGAGCUCACAGCCAUGGAUAAAAAGUCAGCGCAGGCAUGGUUCGCAACUGGGAACUGUUUUAGUUUACAGAAGGAACACGACGUAGCCAUUAAAUUUUUCCAGCGGGCCAUUCAGGUAAGUAGAUGAAAGGCUGUCGUAAUCCUCAAUAAAUACAUUCUCAUGUGUUUUUUCUUCACAUUUUGGGGUACUUGCUUAUGAGACAAUAAAAGGAAAAUUGAAUGUUUGUAAUAAAAAAAAAUUAAGAAACAGUUGCAUUGAAAUCUUGAAUGCCCUAAUUGGGGUCCAUAAAAUUAGAAAGUGUUAAUAGCAGAAUUUUGGGAGCCGUGCGAUGACAUCGCUAUAGUGUUGGAGCAUUAUUGUGGGGUUGGACUGUAUAUAUUUUAUUCAAAUACACAACCAGGAAAGUUUUUCUUGAACUUCACCGCAGUAUUUAAACUUCACCCAGAUUCAAACCAUUCUCCAUCAAGUUUGAAUCUGUUCCAUUGAAACAUGAUUUUAUUUGUGUUCUGACCAGGUGGACCCUGGCUUUGUCUACGCCUACAGCCUCCUAGCCCUAGAGUACAUUUACCUUGAAGAGUUUGACAAAGCCCUGACAUGUUUUAGGAAUGCCAUACGGCUGGAUCCACGGCAUUAUCAGGCCUGGUAAGCAGCCAGUGUUUGUCUUUAAUGAGAUUCACUCUGGCUUGACUUGUGUGAUAUCAUAUUAUUCUAGAAAAGGCUGUUAACUUUGAACCACGCCAUUAUGUUUUCAAAAGUCUUCAACAGGAUAAGUAAUGUGAGGGGUUUUGGUUUGGUUAAAAAUAAACAUCAUGCUCUGUCAGUCUUAUUUUAUAUAUUUUCAUUGUAAUUAUUUCAAGUAUUUCAAUGCUUUUCGUUGAUUAGGUAUGGGGUUGGUAUCAUCUAUUACAAGCAGGAAAAGUUUAGCCUGGCGGAAGUCCACUACCGCAAAGCACUGUCAAUAAACCCUCAAAGUUCUGUUCUCAUGUGUCAUGUUGGUGUGGUAAGUUAAAUAUUCCAUUAAGUUUUUGUUAUGUUAAGAUAAAAAAAAAUUUUGCUGGACUAAACAGAUCUUAGCCUGAAUCCUCUUGGUCUAGGGCGGUGGUUGGGAAAAACCACUACUCUUUAAUUGGAAGGAUGCAACUCUUUUGUUUUACUAAUCUCUAAUGACAUUUGAACAAUCCGCCCCGCAUGCGGCUUACAAAAUAUUUUCUCAACAAAUAUAACUUAUAAAAUGGCCCAAAGUCAAAAAAAAGUUGCUGAUGCAGACCCCUGCUCUAAGUGGUUGCAAAAGUGCCCAUACACUUAAUAAAGCAGAAGACUCGUUACUAAUUCCAGCCCAUUUUAUUCAUACAGAUUGACAGCUAGUUAAAUGACCCAUGUGAUCUGUCAACACUUACAACACUUGAACAAGCAACAAUGACUCUCUUUUUUUUCUCCCCCACAGGCCCAGCAUGCUCAGCAGAAGACAGACCUUGCACUUUGCACACUCAACACAGCCAUCAAAGCUGACCCCAAAAAUCCACUCUGUAUGUUCCACAGGGCUUCUAUUCUAUUUGCCAACGACAGACACAAAGUAAGUAAUGAGCUGUCGGCAUUUUAAAAGAAUGUCUUUGCUUGUUUGAUAAAUCUUUUUCAGAGAUACAGCUUUAGUUACGCUGCUAAUUGUUGUUUUUUUUCUGUACCCGUUAUUAACUUUAAAAAAUUAUCUUGCCCCAACUGCUGAAAAAACAAAGUUACUUUGUAACAUCUAAAUUAAAACAAUGUAACUGAUAAGUUUAAAUUAUUGGACAUAUCAAAAUAGACUUAAAAUUAAAUAACUUAGACUGGACCCUAAUAUAAAAUUAAAGUGUAGCAGAUUCAACAAAAUAAAACUAAACAUUAACCUGAUUUGAAGGAUAAAUAUUGAAUUAACCGCAAUUUGUGUUUUUAUUUUUAUUUUGCCCUAAUCACAAGUGCUGUUCUUGCCCUAAUCAUAAAUGCUGUGGAUCAUUUCUUUAAUUGUCUUCUUUAUUUUCCUGUGCAGGAAGCUUUGGAUGAGUUGGAAGCCUUAAAACAAAUUAUACCCCGUGAAUCUCUAGUCUACUUUUUGAUGGGAAAGGUAUGUUCUUUUCUUUCUCUAAUCAUCAACAUACACAUUUCUCUAUGUAACAACAAUCACUAACACUACCAGAUGGAGCUGACUUAACUAAACAAAAUUCCAGAUAACUGUUCAAAAUGAGAUUCUUAAAAAUACUGCAACUGCGUUUGGUUUGUUAUAUUUUCUUUUGUUUUAUGGAAAUAGUCCCAAAUUUAAUUUCGUGUAAUGAAUCUGCUGUAUAAGGGAGUGUGAAUAAAGUGUGCGGUGGUGAACCUUUGGGCACUAAUUGGGAUUCUUAUAAAGUGCGUUCCUUGAAUGCAUAUUUUGUCAAGUACCUUUAGUGGAUGUAAAGCUAAUGCAUUAUGGUGGCUAUUGUUUAGAGGGCUAUUGUUAGCCUUUGUAUAGAGGCUGGAGUUUUUUUUUUUACCCCUUAUCUGAACCACUGAGAGCUUUUUUUAUUAUAAAGAUCAUUACCUGUAUCAUCAUCGUUCCGAUCCGGCUAUUGGCAAAUAGAGACAGCUAUUCUUGGGGAGAUGGUUGACCUUAAGUAAGAAAAUCCUAAAAACGGACCCUGGUAAAUGGCAGGCAGUUAAAAAGAUGGGCUGUCUGCGCUAACCUGAUGAAGAGAAGGGGGAAAAAAAGCUAUAUUUGUCCAUUGGAUGAAUUUAACUUUGGUAUAAACCUUUGGUAAAUCUGGAGAAGAUCAUUGUUAUUGUCACUAUAAACAUUGUAUCUGUGCUUGUCUCAGAUGAAACAUUGGAGAUGUUGCGUGUUGUUUUAGUCAGUACAUUCAGGAAGCACACAAGUGUCUGUUGUGUGAUGAACAAGGUCAUCACCAUAGGAAACAUCUUUAAUUUAUGGGUUCAUUUUGGAAUUCAUUUCACUUCCAUCCUUAUUUCAGGUCCAUAAAAAGCUGGGUAAUACACAUCUGGCCAUGAUGAACUUCUCGUGGGCCAUGGACCUGGACCCCAAAGGAUUAAACAAUCAGAUAAAGGAGGCGGUUGAUAAACGUUAUGUUACAGAAGAUGAUGACCCUCUAACAAGGCUGGAACAAGAUUCUGGUAAGAUGUUCAUUUUAUUCCUGGCUUAUCUCCUGGAUAAAUGCUUUCUCCUUGCUUAAAAAUUCCUUUUUUUAAAAAUCUUUUGUUCGUUUUUAUUUAGUAAGUUUAAUUUAUAAAUCUGAAAUACAUUUUGAGAACUUCAUUUAUUCCAUUCAUUGCAUGAACUGAAUACAAUGAAUGGCAUAGAUGAUGUUCUCAAAAUGUGUUUCAAACUCUGGAUGUAGUAGUUUCUUUAAUUAUCUUAUUUGUGCAUUUGGGGUCUCAAAAAAAUAUUUCUUAAUAUGCAUAUGAGUAAUCUCCUAAAAAAUUGUUCAAGAGGUCUGCAGCCUUUUCGAUAUUAGCGUGCCAAAGUAAGACAUUCAGGUGGCCAAUUACUUAUAAUUCUACCAUUUGAGAUGGAUUUUUUAGUCAUUUGUAAUCAUUUCUCUGGUCUCCUGUGUGCAAAUGAAAAUCACUACGCCUGUUGUAGUUUGCUGACCUCUGGCAUUAACUAGUACUAGAGGUACGGUGCUCUCACUAAUUUUAGUAGAUCAAGUGACUAUGGUACCUUACUUCUUUUACAGUUGCUAAGUGUUAAAUCAAGAAAAUCCCUUCAGAAAUAAAGUUUAAAAAAUUUAGUUCCCUUUGCUUUGGCUUGAAGUGAGAACAAUAUCAAAACCUACAGUAAAAUAUGUAUCCCAUCUGCCAAGCAUCAAUGGUAGCUACUUAUAUUUGUGUGAAUCUCUCAAAUGUUAAUGGAACAAUUUCUUAAUUAUGAAAUACUUUAGGAAAUCUUGUCAUCACCACUGCAUACCCGUUAUUAAAAGUGCUGUAUUUCUCAUGUUGUGUCACACAUUUCUUAUUUCAAAUGUUCGUCCCCAGCUCUAGAAGGAGAGGGGGCGAGUGCCCUUGAAGGUGGUGAUCUGGAUGCUGACGACACCAGCCAGGAUGACGUUUCCCACGGAGGUAAUGGUGGGGUGGACUUACUCGACAUGCCAGAUCUCCAGGCCAUUGAAAGCGAUGAAAGUUUAUGAUGAGGUGCUUUAGUAGGUCAGUGGGGUGAGGUAGUGUGAACUUGCCCGCCCCUUUUACUGUGAUUGACGUUUUCAUAAGGAUAACCAUUGAAUAGGGACGUGCUUCACUGUGUGAUGUUUUUAAAUACUGGGUGGAGAGAGAGAGAGGAGCUUUGGACCUGACAGAGUGAAGUCGGUAAAAUUUCCCAACCAACAUGAGAACUGUGAGGUUCUACUGGCUACUACUAUGGAUAGCAACACUUCCAUGGAACAAAGGAGCUGAAGUGGAAGGGGGGACAACUAUACUGAGAAUUCUUAGCUUUCUUGGUUUGGCUCACACAACCGUGAUGAGUUGAGAUCUUAUGCCAACAAACGGAGUGUGGUCAAUGUUCAUCAGCUAACUUUAUUAUGCUGAAUUUUGUUCAUUUCCACUUCCAUGUGAUGCACUAGCUUUCAUUUCCAGCAUUUUCUACUCUGUUUUUUUAGUGACGCAAUAUACUAAAAAAAUAUCUUCGUUUUAGCAUAACUUUUUUAAAAAUAAAGUUUACUGAUGUACCCGGUAGCCUUUGAUAUGACCCCAUUAAUUAAAAGUGAUCGCUUUGUUCGUAAAUAAAUAUAAGAAAUUACAUGCAAUGCACAUUGAUCAUCUUGAAGUUGGUAGCAGCUGAUUUCUAUUAAAAAGAAUUAUUUAAUUUUGAUUAAAAGUUUUCCUGUUUUUUUAUCUCCUAAUUGAUAAACAUUAACUUAUUUAUUUGUGAUUGUUUUGUUGAUUGUUUUUUUGUCCAUUGCAUUUUACAUUCUAAGGGUACAACAUGACAAAGUCACAAAUUUGCUUGUUUCCCCUGUUAAAUAAUAUGUUUUAAACCAUCACUGCCAAGUGAAUCCCAUUUUCAUUUAUUUAUAUCCGGAUGAGAGACGUCAAAUCCAGUUUUCAGUGAUGUUUUGAAGUUUGUCGGCACAGCAUGUCGCUCUGUAUAGGUGGAUUUUUGUCAACGCUCCCGACCAAGGAAUGGUUAGAUACAAUGUGUGUAAGUGAACAUCCAAUAAUAAAAUAUUUCUCAGUGUUGCAUGUUAGAAGAAUCACAAAAAUUUAAAUAGUUGAAUCUUCCUUUUCCAAAUAACCAAGUUAAUGAAGAGAAUCUGACAAAGUUUCAUUGCAAGAAAGAGUCUCAUCCAGCAUCAGGUUUCUGUUACUAUUUAAAUCAUUCAUAAUUAAAUUAGGGUAAGCCCCCAUGAUCAGAAACUAUUUUAGUAAUAGUAGUUGUUAAAAAAAAGUUUAGCUAACCCAUUGUUGCUAAUACAACUAUUUAUUUAUAACAUAUUUCACCCUAUAUUCCAUUUUUUACCAAGCCAAUUAUACUAGAGUACAAUAAGUUUUUCUUCAAGGCUGUUGUUUUUUAUUUAUUUUGACAAGUGCAACCAGACCACUUUUAAAAAAAAUCUUUUGUCAUGUUGAAUAAAUUAAUUUGUAUUUGUUGGUACACUUUGACUCUUGAUCAACAUGCAAUGACUGUUCGCUGUCAGGACCUCUAAUGUUAACAACACUUGGAAUCUAAUUUUGUAAAAUUUAUUUAUUAAACUCAAUCAAAUGUUUUGAAAAUACUGAAUCUGUCCUACCUAACACACAUGUUUGAGUGAAUGAAUUCAAAAUUGUGUUUUAUUUUAAUCGCAGAAUAGCAUUAACUGUGCUGUCAUUUUUCAAAAUCCUAUAUAUUCAAUUGGGGGUACCAUUUAAAGGCAUUACAUCUUUGCUUGCUUAAUGGAAUAUUUGUUUCUUGUCUUAUGUUCAAGAUUUGUUUUCACCAUAAAUCAAUGGGGACUAUAUUUUGUUACGGUCAUUAAAAAGUUGCAUUUUUUAAAUACAUAUUUUCCCAUUUUUAAAACGGUAUUGUUAAUUUUGAAUUGUCAACUGUCCAUCCACUACAUUGUGAACUCCAGAGGUACAACCGGUGUAGAUGGCGUACCGGUACGAACAUCCCUCUGAACUCUCUAUUCAGUGAUCUUGAGGACAGUUCUAAAUGCAUUUUGAACCAUACACUGUGUGUUGAGGAAUAUAUGGCUCUUGUAGUACUUGUAGUUUUUCCUAGCCACCCUUGACCAGCUGGCAUGCUUUCUGUAUUUGUCACUGUAGUCCCCACCUACCUUGAGUUUUUAUUCAUAAACUGGGUUGAAAUAUGCAGCAAGCAAGCCGUUAGUAACAAAAUGUGAGAAUUGUUCUACUUCUUUAACACAGCAUAUGUCUGUCAAGGGAACCAGUUUUGGUAUAAGAUAAAGAAAGAGCUACCAAUGGGUUUUCUUAGCGCUUUCUUAGUUCCUGCACUACAAUGAAUGUUAGGAUGUGAGCUUGAGAAAAUAUCUUUGUCAUUUAACUAAUCAGAAAAUGAUUCUUAAAUAUAAUAAUUUUUAAAAUUCAUAUAGAUCUAAAUGUACCAUAAUAAAAUGGUUUUGAGGUCAAAAUAUUUAGGGACAUGUUAAAGAAUAUGUGUAUUUAAGUUAAUCAGUUUAGAUAAAGAUAGUGCUUUUCUGCACAUAGACUGGGUUGACAAUAGUUAUCUGAUACAUUGGAAAUGAAUGCAUUGCUCAUUACUGGUACUUGGUUACUAGAUUAUUUGUAUAAUAAAAAAACAAUGAUUGAAAAGAGCAGGAGUCCCAUACUUGAGCCUCAAUCUACUCACAGCUUUUAUCAUGAAAGAAAAGUAUUUAUGACAUUCUAAUAACUAGAUGGAGCUCUUCAGUGAUUCAUUUAUAUUUUUUUAUUCCCCACCUCCCUUUUCUCCAACAGGAUUGGUACCAUACAGUUGUAUUUGAGUUUGUUCCUUUCUAGGCAGGCUCCUUCAACUUCAAGAGUUCUCACCCUGUGUAAAUAUUUUUUGCCAUUUUAUUAAAAAAAAAAAGAGUACUUUCUUUUCUCUUCAACUCAUGUGUUGUUUUUUAAUCACCAUUUUACAAUGUGUUCUUGCUUGCUAGCUGGUUGGCUAACCAUACUUUUGGUUGGCUACUCCUUGGCCCUCUGGUUUGAUUUGAGGUUAUCCCUCUUGGCACUCUUCUAUAUGGCUUUGUAAUAAAUAAAAAGUAAUAGACAGGCCCAAGCUUUUAUGUGUGUCCACUCCGAAUUCGACAGACAAAUGAAUUUUUAAAGAUUCAUCAAUGCAAGUCUUACCGGU